CGGAGAGGAUCGCAUCAGUCUAAGUGUCCGAAUAACUUGGAUUCAAUUGUUACUAAAAAACAAUAUUUCAGUGAUUCUGAAACUGGAAAACUAUUUUGUGAUUUUGUGUGGAGAAUGUUUUACUUGUGCUAUUGUGGCUAAGGGAAAGGUGGUCCGAAGCAUUGGAAUACAGCGAGCCAUGUUAGACUCCCCGAGACCUAGAUUACACAAAAUCGAUCACGACUAGGUCACCUAAAUGGCGCCCUGUGUAAUAGUCGAAUUCACAGAUUUUACAAUGCUGACCCAACGAAUGUUAAUUCUCAACAUAAUUGCGAUAUACGUCCUUCAUACCGGAUUUUGUGAUGACGCGAUACCACACAGUCGUUACACGAAUGGAUCUUUGGAGCCUCCGGCGCCGGACACUCGUUCGGUGGGGCGUGUGCCACCAUACCAACCGCCCAUUAUUGGAAUACCGGGGCCCAUGCAGGUCCCUGGAAUUAGACCUCACAACCCAUAUACGCGAGUGGAUGCUUGGCACCUGGCUGAUGAUAUUGAUGAUGGAGGUGAUGACGGCGGAUGCCAUGUGCCAUGUACCAAAGAAUAUUUCGCUUGUCAGGCAUCCUGUACAUGCAUCGAUCUUGAAAAGUGGUGCGAUGGCAAUACGGACUGUAAGGACAACGAAGACGAAGCCGACUGCAGCAAGUCAUGCGAUGAACAGGACAGCCACACGCUCUGCCACGGUACCAAUGUCUGCAUCUCCUUUGACUGGAUCUGCGAUGGGGACAAUGACUGCGGUGACUUCUCCGAUGAGGCUCAUUGUGGUUCUGACUUGAACUGUACCGAAGCGCAGUUCUCGUGUGCCAACGGACUGUGCAUUCAUAAAGAGUGGAUGUGCGAUGGAGAUAACGACUGCCGCGACAACACUGAUGAAAUUAACUGCUCAAAAGACAAAUGCAGAGACAAUCAGUUCACGUGUAUAUCAGGCGACUGCAUACCUCUUCACUGGCGAUGCGAUAAGGAGGCCGAUUGCCCUGACGGCUCGGACGAGAUCCAUUGCCCUGUCGAUCUCUUACGAUGCGGCGAAAACGAAAUUCAGUGCGACAAUGGAAAGUGCGUGCGUAAAGACUUCCGGUGCGACGGUGACAACGAUUGUGGUGACUGGACCGACGAGGACUCUUGCCCUCUUCUGCCUGGAAAUUGCAAAACCACCGAGUAUAAAUGCAACGACGGAAGAUGCAUUCCUAAGAGUUGGCGAUGCAACAUGGACAGAGACUGUGACGGUGAUGACGAACUCAACUGCGAAGCACUCGGAAUACGGAAUUGCACUGCAGAUGAGUUCACGUGUGAGGACAGGCGUUGCAUAUUGAAAACCUGGUUAUGCGACGGCGUCCGCGACUGCUCCAACGGUGAGGAUGAAACAAAUUGUGAAGUAAACUGCGAAGAAGACCAAUACAUGUGCAAAUUACAAACAAAGUCAGCAUUCCGUAACUGUGUGAAUAGAAAACACGUCUGCGAUGGCAUGAACGACUGUCCUCAGGGUGACGACGAAGAAAAAUGUCCAAAGAAGCGAAAAUGUUCCGGAAGAGAUAAAUGUGAGAGGGAGUGUAUCACCACACACGAUGGAAAACCGGCGUGUUCUUGCCCGAUAGGUUAUCACCUGAAUGACGACGGUUACAGUUGCCGAGACAUCGACGAAUGUAUGUACGAGCACGACCCAGUUUGCUCCCAGACGUGUUCCAAUACUCAAGGCAGCUUCCGUUGUGGAUGUAUGACAGGCUACGUACUGCGACCGGACGAACGUUCCUGUAAAGCAACCGGAGAAUCACCUACAUUGCUAUUUUCAAACAGUAUCGGUGUCCGUAAGGUGUGGUUAUCCGGAGACAAUUACGUGACGGUUCUAAAAGGACUGCACAAUGCAGUUGCUUUGGACUACCAUUAUAAAAAGAAAUUACUCUUUUGGACUGAAAACAACAUGAAGCUCAUUCGAGUGGCGCCCUUAGAGAGCAACAAUAUGACAGAUGUGAUACGAUGGGGAUUGGAAACACCAAGCGGGGUAGCGGUAGAUUGGAUUCACGAUCUUCUCUUCUGGACGGAUUCGGGGACGCGAAGAGUUGAAGUGGCAACGUUGAAUGGAUUACAGCGGGCGGUUUUAGCGGCCAGUGAUUUGGACAAACCCAGGGCCGUCGCUGUACAUCCAGGAGAUGCUCUAGUAUUCUGGACGGAUUGGGGGCCAAAUCCUAAAAUCGAGCGGGCUGAUAUGGACGGCAGUAGACGUAAGAGCGUCAUCGUGGACGAAAUCUUUUGGCCCAACGGUCUCACUAUUGACUACACGGAGUCCAAGAUAUAUUGGGCAGAUGCUAAACACCACGCUAUCGAAAAGGCUUCGUUUGAUGGCAGAGAUAGGAAACUGAUAACAAGCAAAGGUGUACCUCAUCCCUUCGCACUUACGGUAUUCGAAGACGCCAUCUACUGGACGGACUGGCACACCAAGAGCAUAUCGACUAUCAAUAAGAAAACCGGCAUGGGCAUGCAGACAAUACACGCGAGCUUACAAGUGCCGAUGGACAUACAGAGUUUCCACCCUUUACGACAGUCGACCACCUACAAGAACCGUUGCGGCUCAAACAACGGCGGCUGUUCACAUCUUUGUCUCCCAAACAGUAGCGGCUGCACUUGUCGAUGCCCAAUCGGUUUUAAUCUUAAAUCUAACGGUCGCACGUGUGAAGAUACGCCUGAAAAAUUGUUAUUGUUUGCAAGAAGAAAAGAUAUAAGACUGAAACUUCUCAAUCCACGUAAACAGAUGGACACUUUGGACAUGGUAAUCCCGGUGGAUUCGAUCAAAUCGGCGGUCGCUCUCGACUGGGACCACGCCCGGAAUAGAAUAUUCUGGACGGACGUGGAAAAAGACACCAUAAACAGAGCUUACCUUAAUGGAUCGAAUCAGACUGUAGUCGUCAGCACAAAUUUAAUAUCACCGGCCGGAUUAGCCUACGAUUGGAUAACAGACAAGUUGUACUGGACAGAUGCAGGCACUAAUAGGAUAGAGGUUUCCAACUCAAACGGUACCAUGAGAAAUCUCCUGGCUUGGGAGAACAUUGACAAGCCACGAGACAUCGUUGUCGAUCCUAAAGGUGGCGUGAUGUACUGGUCAGAUUGGGGUCUAAACCCGUGCAUAGAGAAGGCUGACAUGGAUGGUGGUAAUCGAAGGCGCUUGAUAUUCGGGGAUAUGACGUGGCCCAACGGCCUGGCUCUGGACUUGGCGAACAAUCGAAUUUACUGGACUGACGGCAAUCGCACCAUUGAAUACGCAAACCUUGAUGGCACCGGCCGUGCUGUAUUAAUUGGUCAACACCUCCUACAUCCCUUUGGACUCGACCUCUACGGUGACGAAGUAUUCUGGACGGACUGGGAUACGAAGUCAAUACAAGCUGCGAAUAAGUUCACCGGAAAGAACCGCAGAACGCUGGGUGCAGGCGUCGAAGGACUGAUAGACGUUAGGGUGUUCCAUAAGGACAGGAAGGGUGGGAGUAACCGUUGUAGCAGAAAUAAUGGUGGAUGUUCACAUCUCUGCCUUCUGAAACCCAACGGAAGAACGUGUGCGUGUCCUACGGGAGUUAAACUUAUGGAGGACGGUAAAAGAUGCGCGGACGGCCCAGUGAAUUUCCUGAUAUUCGCUCAUCGCCUCGACAUUCGUUUCGUCUCCUUCGAUGUCCCGUACCUGGUCGAUGUCGUGUUCCCAUUCCGAGGACUUAAAAAUGUUCUUGGAGUCGAUGUCGACCAUCAAACUGCUCUUAUUUACUGGACGGAUACGGCGGAGCGGGUUAUUCGUCGUGGGGAUAGAUUUGGCUCCCAGAUCAAGACUAUCAUCACCCGAGGACUGCAGACAGCUGAAAGCCUAGCCGUCGACUCUACUGGUAGGAAGAUCUAUUGGACUGACGGAGGUCGAAACAGCAUUGAAGUAGCAGAACUAGAUGGCUCUAAUCGGAAAGUGCUCGUGUGGACAGGAUUAGAUUCUCCUCGCGGCAUCGCCUUGCAUUACGAACGAGGCUACAUGUUCUGGUCUGACUGGGGAACAGAGACUAAGAUUGAAAGAGCUGACAUGGACGGAACUCAUAGGCAUGUUAUUGUAUCCCAAAGUGUGGAAUGGCCCAAUGGUCUAGCCGUAGAUCGCUUAGAAAACCGAAUCUACUGGAACGACGCUAAAGCAAACACUAUCGAGAGCGCGGACUUCAAUGGAUGGGCCCGAAAGACUAUUCUUAGUAAUGUGCCAUAUCCGUACGGCAUCGUUAUUGUGGGACAGUACAUCUAUUGGACUGACUGGAAAACUAAGGCUCUGCAUAGAGCCGAUAAGAACAACGUGCAGGACCAAAUCAUUAUACGCGAGAAUCUCGAGGGACUGAUGGAUAUUAGAGCGAUUCAAAGCGACUACAAGCUAGAAAAUGUCUGUGGCACAAACAAUGGCGGAUGUUCACAUCUCUGUCUACGAAACUCUCGAGGGUUCUCCUGCGCAUGUCCCACUGGAUUGCUCUUUGAGAACGACACGACACCGGAGCCCAAGAUGUGCAAGAAGCACCCGGAGAACUUCCUCACGUUCGCCACCCGUACCAGCAUGACGAUAAUUUCCCUCGACACGCCCGAGUUGAAAGAUAUCAAUAUUCCCGUACAACACAUGGAGAGCUCUAUAGCGAUCGACUUUCAUUGGGAUAAGAAACUUAUAUUCUACACUGAUGUUAAGCUUCAUGAGAUCAGGACAUUGAAUAUGGAAAACAUGACAGAAAACAAAAUGAUAGUGAACACGACCCUGGAGACGCCGAACGGUCUCGCCGUCGACUGGAUCGCUGACAAUUUGUACUGGACCGACAAUAAAUAUAAGGUGGUGGAGGUGGCUAAGCUGGACGGAAGUUGUAGAAAAGUCUUAAUAUCAGGCCUCGAUGAUCCGCGAUCUGUUGCUGUGUUUCCAGCGAAAGGCUACUUAUACUGGAGCGAUUGGGGAGAGAAUCCUAGCAUAGAAAGAGCGGCGUUGGACGGAACCACGAGGAAAAUUAUCGUCAACCAUGAUCUAGGUUUUCCGAAUGGACUAACCAUUGACUACGUAGAACGCAGAUUAUACUGGACUGACGCUUUGAAGAAUAGGAUCGAUACUUCUGACCUGAACGGCCUUCAUCGCGUUCAACUUGUGCCAGAUGCAAAUAACCCUUUCGGAAUGACACAGUUUGGCGAAUUCAUCUAUUGGACGGAUUGGAACAAAAAGGCCGUGAUGCGCGCAGAAAAGAACACAGGAAAGAACGUAACAGCAGUUAGCUCAAAUUUUGAAAUGGCCAUGGAGAUAAAGGCAGUGUCGCACCAGCGACAGCACGGCUGGAACCCGUGCAUGGAGGACAAUGGCGGGUGCACACACUUCUGCUUCUUCAAAGGGCACGACUACGUGUGCGCUUGUCCCGACCACUCCGACGCCGUUUGUUCUACAAAAUCACAAUCUCACACCGGAGCAAUCUUCAUCGGGGCCUCUGUUGUGGUCAUCAUCAUCAUCAUCGGAGCUAUGGCUAUUGGCUUUGUUUGUCUCCGAGUGCUCAAGGACCGUGACGGCGAAUUGAAAGAAACCCACCGAGAACCGAGCUACUACAUCACUUUUCACAAUCCGAAUUAUGAACCGAAUUCACAAGGAAAAAAGAGUUACCGCCUCCACGAAAUCCUCAAAUACGAUAAACAGGAGAAUCGCGUAAAAAACGUGUACAUCCAGGAAGGGACUAGCCUCUUGGCGCCGCCUUCUUCCCAGGAAGACUUGCUAGUCAGGCCGCCCACACACAACGACUUUGAACCCGUCACCUUACACACAUUACAUUAGCACUUCAAUCGCUUGAUACUGUAGUUAAAGAGGUGUUAACGAGUCUUAGUGUUUUGCGGGAGAUUGUCGAAAAUAAUUGUCUACAGAGCAACUAUUAGUAAUUUUAUUAGGUUAAAGGUGUUGCCGUCUCGAAGUCAUCUCCUGCAAAACUAGCGCUGAACACCUUUAGAAUUCCAAAACAGUAAAGUUCCUGACUGGAUACAUCGUAGUACGUGUAGAACUAGGCAGUACUGCUGUGAAAUACGUCAAAGAUUGACUGGAAAAUAAAUCUACGUAUAUUUGAAUUCCUUGUUACUAAAUACCUAGGUAUAUCGUUAAAUAUCUGUGUCAAAAGUUCGUAUCAAUUAACCAAGUCCGACGUCCCACAGUACAGUUUAGCCUAUGAAAAUGGAGUAUUUUAUGUACCUACUUAGAAUUAUCUAACUGAAACGAUGAUCUCACGUUGUAGUCCGUUUCGUAGAAGACGUGUUUAGGCAUAAUAUGUGUCGUUAAGCCUACUUCAGACUGCGAUAUCCGCCAGCGAAGCUUAAGAAUUAACGCACAAGGCGGACCUUGUCGAGGGUGAGUUUUGUAAGUGCGAUAUCGCAAGUCCCUAAGUGUAUUAGAGUAUCUCUGUUGUAAGGUAUGGUGAAAUAAUUGGUGUUAUUUUUGUACAAGGCGCUUCUCAUUCGACUCUCCCUGGCUCACGGGGAGCGAGCGACGAGCCGUAUUGUUAGAAUUUUACCUUUUUUAAUCUGGUGAACAGAAAUUGAUGGGGAUCUGCGAUUAUUUCUUCCUUUUUGUACAUCCCGGUCUUACAAUGUACGACACAUCGGUGAUUAUUUUACAUUGUUGAUGCUUUUUCACUCGGCGCUACUCAAAUUUCUCCAAGUCAAUAUAAUAAUACUUCAUCUAUGACAAAAUUUAUUACCGGUUCUACAUAUUCAGAAAUAAAACUGUUAAAAACUCAUCCCCAACUGAAUCUUAAACGCUUUAAAUAUAAUUAUUUUAUAUUAAUUACGUAUUAAGUGAAAUAAUCGGCAUCUUUAGUUCAAAUACGACUAAAGUGGCGUCGCGUGGAAGAAGUCUUAGUAAUAAUUCACCACGAUAAUAUGGUGACAAUAAAAUAUCAAUUGUAAAUAAUUAGUUUUAAUUGAGACAUUUUUGUCAACCUGUGUAAAAUUCAUGUAAAUAUUUUAUUUGUAUAUGAUUUUGCUUGAUUUUUUUAAAAUAAUGAUCCUGUGUAAGAUUUGCAAGCAUCUUGCGAACGUUAACUUUCAUAUCACAAUUAUUUGUUUAGUAAAUAAGAUUUACGUGCAAGUUCAAAUGAGGAUUGAUUUCUGAUGCGAAGGUGUGACAUUCCACAGGGUGAUUAUAAUAAGAUAGAUAGAUUUUAGGACGGAUGUCGAUAAAACGGAUUUACUAUUUAUUUCAUUAAUUACUUGGCUACCUCGUUGCUUCAAAGGCUUCUAUAGGUUUAGCUCAAUCUGUGACUCACGCUUAUAGGAUUUCCUAAACGUUGUACAUAGAAAGGUUAAUAUAUUUUCAUGGUAAGAGAUAUUUAUUAUUAGAUAAUUUAUAGAACUACCAUCGUCUGACGCUCGACGAGCGAUCGAUUGUUUCGGACGGUAAACUAUGAUAACUUUGCUAUAUAAAUACGAAAAACUUCGAAUCGAUCCGCCCCUCUUGUUUGUGACGAGAAAUCAAUUAUUUAGAAUUUCCAAUCUCACUAUGUCGAAGUGAGAAACGGUCGUUUACUUACCUAGAGUUUUAUAUUAUCAUGUUUCUAUUAGUUUUAUGUGGAGAUUUUAAUCGUUUUGUUAUCGUAGAGUGUAAGAGGGAAAACGUCGAGUGCUGUGAUACCAGAUGCCAGGAAAGAGAUGACGGAAUUUACGUUUUAAUAUUUCGAACGUUUUUAUCGGUUUCAGACGAGGUGCUAAACGCGCACACAAUAAGUUCCCAAUUUUAUUUCAGCGCAUAGUAAGUGCGUUCCGUGCCAAAAAAAUCUUCGUUUUUAGCGUCGGUAUGAAUUCGAUUAUUAGUCUUAAGUAAAUAAACAGCUUUUACACCUUUAAGCCUCCUACAAAGAGGUGUCAAA